CUGGGCGGCUGCGCGGGGUCUGGGGUCCCGGCCUCGGGGAGCGCGGCCGCAGCGCUCUCCCGCCCGCCCGCCGGGCGGGGCUCUCUCCGGAAGGAGGCGGGUGCUGCCGCGGCCCCGGGGCUCCUGGCGAGUAGGCGGGCGGCGGCGCUGAGCGUCCAGCUUGGGCUGCCGCGGUCUGGCUGCGGGCGCUGUAGCAGCCGUGAGGCCAGCGCGGCGCUGGGCCGCUUCUGUCCGCUCUGCCCCCGGGGAGCGCGGGGUGGCUCGGGCAGCCUCCUCCAGCCUCUGGCCUGCGCGCUGGCCUCGUCCCCCCGGGGCUCUGCAGGCCCCCCUUCCCCGCCGGAGCCGUGUCUGUGCCGAAGCCCCACCGAAGCGUCUCGGCCACUCCUUAGCGGCUCGCUCGGCAAGAAUUUGCGUUUAACGGUCCUCAAAACCAUCCAGGCAUGUCACAAAAUGAAGCACAUGAAAGCUGUCAUCCUUGGCAGCCUAUGUGAACAAAGGAGGAACAAAAAUCAAGGCUCUAUUGGCUAUGAAUAUCUCUUCUGUGUCCUGUUUUUAUUGACUGUGGCAAAAUCUGCUUUGGAGGUGUGCUUACAAUGACUACAACUGCAGAGCGAAGGUUUGUUAAUCUCAGGAAACGUCUAGAUCAACUGGGCUAUCGACAACCAUUGGGAGUGGAGAGUUUACCUUUGGUGGAAAGGCUUUUUAGUGACCUAGUUCGUACAACUGAGAGUUUGCGCAGUGCAAAGUUAUCUGCUGGAAAAAUUGAAAAAGAAUGCAGCAAUUAUGAUGUGAUUUUGGAACCCUAUAAAACAGUGAAUACUAAACUUACUAGGGAAAAUAAUGAACUACAUUUAGAAAUAUUAAAACUGAAAGAGCAAUCUGAUCAUCAUGUUAAAGAUUUGAAAGCCUCCUUAAGGAGGGUUGAACAUGAAACAGCUGACUUGAAAUUUCUGAAUAAUCAAUAUGUACAUAAAAUUAAAAUGCUGGAAAAAGAGAAUAAAGCUAAGAGUGAAAAAAUUCAGCAGCUUCAGGAAAAGAAUCUGCAAGCAGUAGUGCAAACACCUGGUGGCAGAAAAAGAAGCAUUCCCUUCCGGCGUCAACGCAUGCAGAUAGACCAGCCUGUCCCUCCAUCAGGGGUUAGUGCCUAUCCAGUUCCCCAGCCAGAGGACCCUUACAUUGCAGACCUUCUUCAGGUGGCUGAUAAUCGAAUUCAUGAACUUCAGUCAGAAGUAACAGAAUUACGGGAAAAACUGGAGAUAGCUGAAUGUGGAAUGAAAAAUUAUCGCAAACAGGUUGAGCUAAGAGAAAAAGAGAUAGAGCGCCUAGUGCUGACUCUGGAUGGUGGGCGUUCUUAUGAAGUUCUCUCUCUGGAAUCGAGAAGUAAAAGUAAUGAGAAGCUGAUUGCCCAUUUGAAUUUUCAGGUUGAAUAUCUUCAGCAAACAAAUAAACAACUUGAAAAUCGCAUUCAAGACCUUCUGGACACUAAACAAAAUGUGACUAGUGAGGUAGUGCACUUAAGCAAUAAAAAUGAAGAACUGUGUCAAGAACUCAAUGAAAUAGACCACUUGGCACAGCAGUUGGAAAGACACAAGGAAAUUGUGCUCGAGACUGCAGAUAAGGAAAUAGGAGAAGCAAAGAAAGAAAUUGAAAGAAAAUACAGUGAAAUACAGGAACUUGAAGAAACAAUAACAAGGCUUAAAUCAGACUUGUGCUCAUGUCGUAAGGAGAAUGAGAGACUGAGUGAAGAACUCUCUGGAAAAGCAGAUGAUAAAGAGAAUCUUGAACUGUUAUUAAACCAGCUUACACAAGAGAAACAAAGGCUCACAGAAAAAACAGAGAACUUUGAAACAAAAGAACGAGAACUUGUCCUAGAAAUAGAAAGAAUUAGAUUAGAAUAUGGUAUAGCCCUGGGAGACAAAUCUUCAUCUCGUCUAGAUGCAUUUGUAAAGACUUUAGAAGACGACAGAGAUUAUUAUAAGAGGGAAUUAGAGUAUCUUCAGAAAAUGAUAAAACGAAGAUCUAGCCCAAGUCGUCGGAGUCCAGAGAAGAUCGAAGAUCUUAUACUGAUCACCAGAGAAAGAGAUGAGCUACGAUCCAUGCUAGACAGAUUUGAAAAACACAUGAUAGAAAUUCAAUCUAAUGUCAAAUUAUUGACUGCAGAAAGAGAUAGAUUAAAUGUUCUUUACGAGCAGUCUCAGGGUGAAUUGAACAGGAUGAGAAGAGAAGCAAAACAUAGUUUAGUUUCUCAAAGUCACAUGGAAGAAGAAAGAGACAUUGCACUUACAGACUUCAGAAGAUUAAUGGCAGAAAAAGAAAGCCUCCGAGAAAAAAUAAAGAUUCAGGAAGAAGCAGCUAACCUUGAAAAAGCAAAGAUGCAGCAUGAUAUUUCAGAACUGGAGAAAAAUAUUCAAGGAUGUGAGAUGGAAAGGUGUGAACUCAAGACUACAGUCUCUAUCCUGAAGGAGAGAAUAAACUCUUUGGAAAAUGAAUUAACAUUGAAGUCCAAUAAACUUGCCCAGACAUCUGAUGAUUCUUCUCAAUUUAAAGCUGAGAUUUGCUCACUUCAGCUCUUAAAUGACCAACUCCAGAGGUCAGUUGAAGAUUUGCAACACCGAUUGUCCCUCAAAAAGGAUGAACUGCAGGCAGCUCAAGAAGAAAUUGUAAAGCUAGAGGAGAAAAUAGAUAGGUUAAACCAGAGGAGCACUUCACAGGACGAAGCAGUCAACAUGCUUAGAAGUACUAUUACUGUUUUGGACAAAGAAAAGGACAGUCUUCAAGAAACCGUAGAUGAAAAAACAGAAAGAAUUGCAUGCUUAGAUGACAACUUAGCUAACAAGGAAAAAACAAUUUCUCAUUUACGUCUAACUCUCUCUGAGCUGGAGUCCUCAACAGACCAUAUGAAGGACAUGCUGAGCAACAGAGACCGUGAGAUAGACAGCUUACGUCGCCAGCUUGAUGCGUCCCACAUAGAGCUUGGAGAAGCAGGAAGAGUAAAGGAAAUGGCUCUGAAAGAAAACAGGCGAUUGCAAGAUGACCUAGCUACAAUGGCCAGAGAAAACCAGGCUAUUAGUACUGAGCUUGAAGAUGCAAUACGUGAGAAAGAAGAAAUGAAAACCAGGGUUCAUAAUUACAUAGCUGAAGUUUCCAGAUUUGAGACCCUGAUGACUUCGAAGGAAAAAGAAAACCAAGAAUUGUUAGAGAAGUUUCGUAUGCUCCAUACUCAAGCUGAAGACUGGGAAAUGAAGGCUCAUCAAGCUGAAGGAGAAAGCAGCUCAAUACGACUUGAACUCCUUUCUGUAGAUACAGAUAGGAGACAUCUUCGAGAGAGAGUAGAACUUCUGGAAAAAGAGAUUGAAGGGCAUAUUGUUGCACAUCAAGCAUAUGAAUCUCAAAUCUCCUCUAUGACAAAAACUAUGUCCAAAUUGGAAGAGGAUAUUAAAUGUGAAAAACAAGAUAAGUCUUCUGUGUUGGCAGACCUGGCUUCUGUGAGGGAACUCUGUGUGAAGCUUGAGUCGAACAAAGAACUUUUAUCUCGACAGCUGGCAUCCAAAAGCAUGGAUUAUGAACAGGUUCUAGGUGAAUUACAAGAUAUAAAAUCAGAAGUAGAGUUGGUGAAAAAGCAGUUAUCCAGUGAGAGACUUAGAGUUCAGAAUCUUGAAACUUUGCUGGCUACCACUAGAGACAAAGAAUUUCAAAACCAUUUAACAUCCCAAGAGAAAGAUACUGAGAUUCAGUUGUUGAAAGACAAGCUAACACUCGCCGAGAGCAAACUAAGCAGCUAUAAUAGAGAGGUUCCCAUACUUCGAAGUAAAGCUGUACAGCUGCAGUCUGACUAUGAUGCUUUAAAAAGACAACUGACAACUGAACAAUUUGAACGAGAGCGUGCAAUUCAGGAAAUGCGUCGACAUGGUCUCUCUACAUCAUCAUUACGUGCUUCACCUCCUCUCAGUUCAACAUUAAGGUCUCCCUCACAUUCUUCAGAAUGUACGAUUGUAAGGACAACUGAUGAAGCAGCAGCUGAAAAAAAUGUGAGCUUCAGGGAAUAACCAGUACUUGAGCAACUGAAGCAUUACUUUGUUACACAGACAAUUUUUUUUAUUAUUAUUAUUAUGAUGAAGGCUGACUUGUUUUCUACCUCUAUUUUCUUCAAAUUGACAAUUACCUUUGAAAUUUCUGAGAACUGGUGAAGUAAUCAAAUUUGCAAAAUUCUGCUUUCCCAACUGGCAGGGGUGACUCCGUUUUGCUGGCUGUUUGAUGUGGUUUGUAUCAAGGAUGACUAAAUUUUGUUUCUAUUUUGCAAACAUAAUAACUGUAAAAAGCAAUAAGUAGUUGAUAUGACAAGCUCUUUUUAAAUUCUAAUAUUUUAUUUCUGCUUGCUUAUCUUGUAUGGCUAAAGAAGUUCUAUGUUCAUCAUAGAAUGAACUAACAUAGAGUAACAUACAUGAUUGUCUUACAAAUGUGAGCCAGUAUGUUUGAUACCCAUAGUGAUUUCUUAUGUUUGGGCUUUUAACAAAUGUUUUCUGUUUACAGGUCAUUCUUCAUGUUAUUUAAAAAUAUUAUCUAUUUUCUGAAUGCAUUUUGUUUACUGUACCUUUUCUUAAUAAAAAAUUUGUUAUUCUUUAUUAAUGUUUUUGUCACCUAACUACUCAUCUCCUUUUGUUUCAUCUUUGUGUGAAAUUGCAUUUAAA